AUGGUUAACAUUACCAGAAAGCUCGCCGUCCUCGGAGGCAUCGGUGUUGCCACAGCCCUCACGGAUGGCGGCCAUUUCGAAACCGUGCCGACAUACCCAACCCCCGAGAGCAUCGGAACAGGCUGGGAGGCUGCUUUCCAGAAAGCGACCGAUGCAGUCGCCAAGUUAAACCUGACACAGAAGGUCGCCUUGACCACUGGUGCCACCAUGGGUUUGUCCUGCAACGGUAACAUCAGCCCAAUCGAGGAGAUUGGCUUCUCUGGGUACUGCUUGGCGGAUGGACCCGUGUCAGUCAGAAUCGCCGACCUGGCAACCGUGUUCCCUGCAGGCCUGACGGCGGCGGCGACAUGGGACCGAGAUCUGAUCUAUCAGCGCGGAAAGGCCCUCGGCGCAGAGUUUCGUGGCAAAGGAGCACAGGUGCACUUGGGGCCCGCGUCUGGCGCCCUCGGGCGUCACCCCCUGGGAGGGCGCAACUGGGAGAGCUUCUCUGUAGACCCAUUUCUCACGGGUGUCGCCAUGGACUUUUCCAUCCGAGGCAUUCAGGAAAUGGGCGUCCAAACCAGCGCGAAGCACUUUAUCGGCAACGAACAAGAGACGCAGCGCUCCAACACCUUCACCGAGGACGGGCUGGAGGUCGCGGCGCUGUCGUCCAACAUUGACGAUCGCACAAUGCAUGAGCUCUACCUCUGGCCCUUUGCUGACGCAGUUCGUGCCGGCGUCGCCUCCGUCAUGUGCAGCUAUAACAGGGUCAACCAGACAUAUGUCUGCGAGAAUUCCAAGAUCCUCAACGGCCUUUUGAAGGACGAGUUGGGCUUUCAGGGGUACGUUGUGUCCGACUGGUUUGCAACCCACUCUGGCGUAGCAUCCGCCGCGGCCGGUCUCGACAUGACCAUGCCAGGAGCCAUGAACAGUGCGGCGACGGCUAUCUUCCCCACGCCGUCCUACUUCGGCGGUAACCUGACGGCGGCCGUGUUGAAUGGCACUUUGACCGAGGAGAAGGUGAACGACAUGGCCCGCCGAGUUCUCACCCCCUAUUUCUACCUGAACCAGGAUGAAGACUUUCCGUCGAUCGACCCAUCAACUGGUUUCGUCUUCGCCAGGACGUACAACUAUCCCGAUAUUUACCUUACUGGAGCUGGAAUGGACCCGAACAAUCCACCGCCUGCUCGGGACGUCCGCGCUAAUCACGCUGAUAUUGUGAGGAAGGUGGCCGCUGCUGGCACCGUCCUCCUGAAAAACACAAAUAAUGUUCUACCCCUUGGUAAACCCAAAAGUGUCGGCGUGUUCGGUAACGGAGCGGCCGAUGUGACGCAGGGCCUGACCUUCACCGGCGAUGACAGCGGGCCUUGGGGUCCCAACAUCGGCGCGCUAUCCGUUGGCGGAGGUUCGGGUGCCGGCCGACACACGCGUCUCAUCUCACCUCUGUUCGCUUUGCGCGGUCGGAUUGAGGACUACGGGGGCAGGGUUCAGUACUUGCUGGACAAUCACAUGAUGGUGGAGGAUGACUUUACGUCAAUCUAUCCCACGCCAGAGGUCUGCUUCGUUUUCCUCAAGACCUGGGCACGUGAAGGCACCGACCGCCUCUCGUUCGAAAACGACUGGAACUCGACUGUCGUCGUAGAGAACGUGGCGCGCCGCUGCAACAACACAAUCGUGAUUACGCACUCUGGCGGCGUCAACACGAUGCCCUGGGCUGACAACGAAAACGUGACGGCCAUCCUGGCCGCUCACUAUCCCGGUCAGGAGAACGGCUACUCCAUUUCGGAUGUUCUUUUCGGCGAUGUCAACCCGUCAGGCCGCCUACCCUAUACGAUCCCGAAGAAGGAGUCUGAUUAUGAUUUCCCCAUCGUCAACAUCACCGGUGACGCAGCCCGUGAUUCAGCGGCGUGGCAGGCAGAUUUCACAGAAGGUCAAUUCAUCGACUACCGCCACUUUGAUGCCAAGAACAUCACGCCUCAGUACGAGUUCGGCUUUGGCCUGAGCUACACGACAUUUGAAAUGGGAUCCAAUGCGACGUUUGAGAGGAAGUGCGCUGGCAUCUCGCCGCUUCCCCCUCAGACGAACGGCACCCACCCUGGCGGCAAUCCAGCUCUGUGGAAGGAGAUUGGCUCCGUGACAGUGACAGUCAGGAACACGGGCGAUGUGGCCGGCGCGCAGGUUGUGCAGUUGUACAUGGCAUUCCCCCAAGCUUCGGUGCCAGAGGGUACUCCUGUGAGCGUGCUGCGUGGGUUCGAGAAAGUGAGUCUGCAGCCGGGAGAGGCCAAAAGUGUGACGCUCCCUCUCCGACGGCGCGAUGUGAGUUUCUGGAACGUCGUUGCGCAGAACUGGGAGAUUCCAAGCGGAGAUUUUGAGUUCCGGAUGGGAUUCAGUUCGAGGGACAUCAAGACAGCGGUCACCUCCAGCUUCGUGGUGUAG